GAAACACUUUUUUUUCGGGCAAGAGAAGAAAAAUUGCGAGCGAGGAGAAUUUUCUUUCUAUUGUUUUGGAAAAAAUCCUGGCUUAAAAUAAAGAAAGAUUUAAAAUAGAGAUUUUUGAAAUAAGGGAAACCUCGAACGUGUAUCGUGCACAGCUGGACUUUGAAGUGAAAAAUAGAAGAAUAAACCUCUCCCAUUCAUUGUACAUAUAGUGCUUUUGGUGACUCGGAAAAUUUGAUAAAAUAGUGGACAUUCAUGCUAAUUUUUUAUCAACAAAAUUGAUUGUUGAAUAUAUGAAUUAAUAAUAAAUGAAAAUAUCCACUUGCAAAAAUGUGGGCAGACACUAUCCUAAUUGUAUUCAUCAGCGUAUGUACAGCGUUAUUGGGUGAAGGACUAACGUGGUUAAUGGUGUACAGAACUGAAAAAUAUCAAAAAUUAAAGGCUGAAGUUGAAAAGCAGAGCAAAAAGUUGGAAAAAAGGAAAGAAGCACAUGGCGAUUCUCUAGACAAACAGCAGAAAAAGAAGAUUGAGCGAGAGGAGGAAAGAUUGAAGAACAAUAAUCGUGAUUUGUCUCUUGUGAAGAUGAAGUCAAUGUUUGCAAUUGGAUUUGCAUUUACAGCGCUUUUAAGUAUGUUCAAUAAUAUAUUUGAUGGACGAAUUGUUGCCAGAUUACCGUUUGUUCCAAUUAGCUGGAUUCAGGGCUUGUCGCACAGAAAUCUUCCUGGUGACGAUUAUACCGAAUGCUCUUUCAUAUUUUUGUACAUAUUAUGCACUAUGAGUAUCAGACAGAACAUCCAGAAGAUACUUGGCUUUGCACCAUCCAGAACUGCAAGUAAGCAGAGCGGUAGUAUCUUUGGACCGCCACCUCAACAAUUCAAAUGAAUACACAUUUGAAGCAAAAAUAAUUAGAUAUUUAUAGAGAUUGUUUUAUACUUCCUAUUGCUCAAAAGUCGAGAUUUAUUCUUAUAUUCAUUAAUUAAUCCUUAUAAUAUCAAUUUUUUGCUUGCUAUUCCAUUGGGAAUUACAUUUAAAU